GCUCGGAAGGUCAGAACUCGAAUGAAAUAUGGAGGGAGACUCUCACUGAAACGGAGCAGUGAAAACGCUUGUAACUUUUCGGUUUCCACCUAGCAUUCGAAAACGUGGCAUCGUGUUUUCGUUUGCGUCGAAGUCGAAAAGGAAUGAGGGACGAUCGAGGAGGACAAAGAGAAAGGCACUGAGAUUCCCGUGUACACCGUUGUGCGACACGUAGACGAGUGCGCUUCAAGUAUACAGACAGACGUCUAUAGAUGCAAUACGGUGCACAACGGUGCAUACUGGCUGGCCUUCUGCGCAGCGUAGCGUGUAGCAUUGUGCUUCUCAUAGGAAUAGUUGUAGCGGUUGUGAGCGGCGGCGUUCCGUUCGGAUUUCGUCGCUGGUCGCCAUUGUUUCUUAUGAGUAAGCAAAUGAAUAAACGAGCAAACAAACUCGUGUAGCUACUAAAAUCGACGAAUAGCCAGUCGCGUACGUCCGAUUCGAUCAGUGGAUGAUGUUCGACGAUUCGGGGUAAAAGAAAGGGGAAGGAUGGUACACGGUUGACGAGACACCCGAGCUCGUCUCGGUUCGUCGCCUACCCGAUUGAAAUCGACGAAUGGGCGAAAGAUUCUCGGGGCCGAGCGACGCGUUUCGCCGAAUAAUAAUGGGUGCUCGAUGUUCCUCCGGAAUGGUUCUACUGUGUCCACGGUAAUCAUGGUGACAGUGAUGGUGGCAGCAAAAACAGUGGUGUGUUCUCCCGUGCUGAAAUUGACGACGAACCCUCCGCCGAUGGAUAGAUUCGCGUUCCUCUGACCGCGGUUUAAUUAAUCGUGAAUAAGAAUCAAGAGAAUCGUCGUCGUAAAACUGGAAACCUGUAACUGGCGUCCUACCCUAAUUAUUUCUUUCCUUUACCCUCGUCCCAUUGGAUAAUUGUUUACCCCACGGUCAUUAAAACGAUUAUAAUUCUGACUACGGUCUUAUAUAUCCUGACUUCCUCGCUCGGGUCUCUUUGUCCGCAACGAGUGACCGCUGUUCGUUCCGGCAGAACGUUCAGCUUCGAUCAGUUGAACAUUAUGUGAUACUUACACAGUGCAACUUCUAAUUCGCGAUCUCCGACUUCGCGUCUGUGACGCCGGGCAAGCAGGCCAGGAUGCGAGGAUCUUUAUUCCCAUGCCGAGAAAGACACCUUUUGCUCGCAGUGACCAUGUUAAUACUGUUUCUUUUAUCUCUGGGGGAUGCUCGCUUGGCAGACGGUUCUUGCGAGUUCCCUGCUACGUGGACCGGAGAAUGGUAUCAGUAUGGGAAGAUAGGCUCGAUCAUCGUAAACUCGACUGUUUUGGGUGACAAAACCUGCGUGGAGCGGUCCGAGCAAUCGUACAUCGUUUUCGGUGACAAUUGUUACAACUGCAUAAUCGUGAACGAUCGGCACGAAAAUGUGAUCCAAUACCGUGAAGGGUGGUGUUACCAGGAACGUGUCUCGCUGGAGGAUAUGUGUUCGAACAUCAAGUCCGAUGAUACGUUGUACUCGAUGUUCCGUAUGAACUCAAAACCGAUCCCGUGCCCAUUCAGUGGACCGUCGUUUACGUUCACGUACGACAAGGGUUACGGUGAAUGCGCGAUGCCUAUUAGCCUUGGGGAGAAAUGUACCGAUGAGAGCAAACUGCUUCUUAAGUACCAGGCUUGCCCAGAUAUCCAACGCAGCGAAAGUAACACGGAGGAGUUACAGUGUCUCGCUGUGUGGAACGAUGGUCGGAACAAAUACCUUGUUGGAACGUUGAAAGGAAGAAGCGUCUCAGGUGCCGAGAAAAUGUAUAGAUGUUUCCUAUACGAGGAGAAAACGCACCAUCAAGGAAAAGUAAUUUACACCCUCGCCCAGUCCGGCGAGCCAACCUGCAACGGCCUAACUACAGUUUCCGAGGGUUCGCCUACUAUAAAACUGACGAAAGUCGAUAAAGAGCACAAUAAAUGCAAGUACCCUUCGUGGAUCACGGAACACCACGACUGGCACUCUUUGGACGGCACUAAAGUUUAUCAUUUUACGAAUAAAAACGCAACGCUCAAAGUCAGAGUACAAAACUGCGACAGCGACACCUACCACGAGGAGAAGAUCGUUUGUCACAACUUGGAGAAUCCGACGGAGAACGCGCAAGGGCACAAAGUAAAAUUAAUCGCGCACGUUACUAGCGGCUGCGAUAUCGGCUACGUUUGCAUGAUAUUCCACAAGAGGGAUCAUCACAUUAUAGAACUGCAGCAGUCGGAUCAAAAAGCUAUAAUGCCAGACGAGGCCUGCUCCCUCGCGGAUACAUCCUCGAUGCCGUACAUCACUCUGAUAAGUUCCUCGUUACGGCAGAGGAAGUGUCCGAAACCUGGACGUUACGGUAUCCUCAGCGUCAGUUCGUUUCCCAUACCCGGUACGUCGUAUAGACGACAACGACGUAGCGAGAAACAUUCUUCUAAGAUCACGAAAAGAAGAACUUGGCUCGAAGAAAUGCCAGAGGAAUCGCACGAGCAACAACAGCAGCAACAGCAGCAGCAACAUCAUCAUCAUCAUCAUCACCAUCAACACGGGGAACUUUCGGAACAGCAAGGGGAUGACUGUAGAAACACGAGUAUACAAAUAGGCUGUGCGUCGCCGGAUCAAACCGAGAUCGUUAUUGGGAAAACCUGCGGUGCAGAAGGAAUGACGUAUUAUUGCCACGGCAGCUGGGAGGAAAGAGAUACUUGGUACACGAUAGUAUCUCUGAAGACUAAUCAAGCUUCACCGAACUUUGGACAAACUUAUUGUUUCUCUAUGCGCGUCGGUGUUAAUAAAGAGAAACCGCUCGCAAGUGGGAAAGCGAGUCGAGCGAAACUUUCCGAACAGGAAUUGUGGUUCACUAAAUUGGACCGCGUCUGUCGGAGAGAACAGAUCUCGGACGAACAGCCCUACGUCCUCGUGAAUCAAGGAGUUUGCGAAGACGUAACGAAGGCGUACUCGAGUUUAGCGCCGCUUCUUUCCCGAUCGCUGAUUCCGUUUAUCGUGAUCCUUGGAAACUGUGCCACCUACUUGCUCUCGUUGAGAUGAUAUGCCAACCGCGAGUGAAUGGGAAUCGAAACUCGCGUCCGGGUAGACAUUUUCACUGGCUACCGACGCGGAACGGGUAAAAAUAAAGGCUGGCGAACUUCUUCGAUCCCGUAUCGGUUUUUACGGAUCGAGAUAAAAAACGAACGGUUUAUCAUCGAUCGAGUGGAAUUGAAGGAGCAAGCAAUCUAUUGGCCUUGGAGUUUCUCAUUGGAUUCCGUUACCAUUGGGUCACGUCUUUUAUAUAUUUUUUUUGUAAAUUCCCCCUCCCCCCCUCUCUCACUAGUUUUGUUUGUACAUGAGGAGCCGAUAGCACCACUAUACAUUUGUUUCUGUUGCCACCGAGUUCUUCUACUUCCCAGUAUAUUAUCUAUAGAUUUUUACCGAUUUCGGAUAGGUAUGAAGGUACUUAGUGUUCUAGAUUUUAGAUGUUACGCCCGUCCGUUUCAUACAAUGGUCAAGAGUUUUUGUCCGACGAUAUCUAUUUACAUCCUGUAAAUCUGUACAUUCGCACUUGUAUUUUUUAUAUACACGGGAGGGACGAGUGAGGUAUGUGGUUCGCCGCAUACACCGAGAAACCGCGCAGGUAUUAGUUUCGAUUUAAGAGUACAAGAACAACGACACACCUCGAUCGUUUUCUACUUUUCUGCUUUUGUUUUUCUUUCUUUUUUUUUUUUUUAUU